AUGCCUUCCCUGAGGACUAAGAAAAGGAUCGGAUUUUGUUUGAAUGAGAAGAAGAAAAGAAAGUUGAACUUUCACAUCUUUGAGGAACUCUGCAGGAAUCGAGGUUACGAUGUGACAAAUAUUGACCUGUCCCUGCCCCUCUGCAGCCAAGGACCUUUUGAUCUGAUUAUCCACAAGCUUUCAGAUCUCCUGGUAGAAGCUGGACAGGAUCUGAAAUCUCAUCACCUUGUACAGAGGUUACAGGUCUAUCUAGAGAUGCAUACGCACACCAUCAUGCUGGACCCCCUGCCUGCCAUGCACACACUUCUGGACAGAUUCCAAUCUUACCACCUACUGCGUAGCCUGGAAACCCACAACCAAGGACCUAACGGCAUCUUUACACCUCCGUGCGUGGAGCUUGUGUCCAUUCAGAGUGAUGUGGUGACCCUGGUCAGAAAUCAUCUUUCCUACCCAAUCAUCUGUAAGACUAGAGUUGCACAUGGGCCCCAGUCUCAUGAGAUGUCUCUGAUUUUUAAUGAUGAGGGUCUCCAUGAUGUGAGACCUCCCUGCCUCCUUCAGAGUUUUAUCAAUCACAGCGCUACCCUCUACAAAGUGUUUGUUGUGGGAUCUCAACAUUUCGUAGUGCAAAGACCCUCCCUACGUAAUUUUCCUUUGGGCGAGACAGACCAAACAACCAUCUUUUUCAACAGUCAUGAUGUUUCCAAAGCCGAGUCCUGUUCCCACCUCUCUGAGCCACCCCCAUGCAUAGAGCUAAUGCAACCAUCUGACAAAGUAGUGCGGUAUGUGGUACAGAGGCUGCAGGGUGCCCUCGGAAUGUCUCUCUUUGGAGUAGACCUAAUCAUAGACACUCAGACUGGACGAUGUGUAGUUAUUGAUGUCAACGCCUUUCCAGGCUAUGAAGGGGUUCCAGAUUUCUUUCCUGCAUUGCUUUCACACGUAGAGAAACUUAUUGGGAGUGCAAAUAAGGAAAAUGAACCCACCAAAGAGCACUCAGCAGAGCAGAUAGAGAUACCUGCAGAGCGGUCUGUUGACUUGCUGACUGGCAUGAUGACUACUGACCGCUGGACCACAGAUGCAGGACAACUGGAACCUUACCAGAAAACUAUUACAAGUGGUUCCUACUUUAGCAUGUGCUCAUCAACUGUCUCUGCAGACUGGUGACAAGCUGGGACACCAUGAUAUGAGAACAGACUGACAGGUGGGGGUUGUCAAAAUAAAGGAUGUUAACUAAAGAUCACUAAGUGGAGGAUGUCAACUAAAGACAACUAAUUGAUGUAUGUCAACUAAAGACCACUAAGUGAUGUAUGUCAACUAAAGACCUCUAAGUGAUGUAUGUCAACUAAAGACCACUAAGUGAUGUAUGUCAACUAAAGACCACUAAGUGAUGUAUGUCAACUAAAGACCACUAAGUGAUGUAUAUCAACUAAAGACAACUAAGUGGAGAAUGUCAACUAAAGACCACUAAGUGAUGUACGUCAACUAAAGACCACUAAGUGAUGUACGUCAACUAAAGACCACUUAUUGAUGUACGUCAACUAAAGACCACUUAUUGAUGUAUGUCAAUUAAAGACAACUAAGUGGAGAAUGUAAACUAAAAACAACUAAGUGGAGGAUGUCAACUAAAGACCACUAAGUGAUGUACGUCAACUAAAGACCACUAAGUGAUGUAUGUCAACUAAAGAUCACUAAGUGAUGUAUGUCAACUAAAGACAACUAAGUGAAGGAUGUCAACUAAAGAUCACUAAGUGAUGUAUGUCAACUAAAGACAACUAAGCGAAAGAUGUUAACUAAAGACAACUAAACGAAAGAUGUCAACUAAAAAUCACAAAGCGAAGGAUGUCAGCUAAAGACUACUAAAAAAAGAAUGUCAACUAAACACCACUAAGUCAAGUAUAUCAAACACCACUAAGUCAAGUAUGUCAACUAAACACCACAAUCUCAGCCAGGUUUGGGUUUUGUCUAGUCUAACAUAUGGGUCCUUCAAAGUAUCGACUUGAAAACAUCUUCAUUUACUUAGCAGACUUCAUAGCAAGCGAGACACUCUUACUUCAUUCACACAAUAGAGCUCCGGGUCCUUCAAUAGCACAUAAUAAUGAUAUAGAUAACAAGAAUGGUUACUCUGUCAAUAACCCUGAAACAAGAAGAUUAACAAAUACAACUCACCUUGUAAUAUUUGGUUUUUAUUUACACAGCAAAGCAGAAAACAAAUCAACAAGAAUGUGCUGUGUGUUGUGAAGAAAACCAUCAGAUUGGGUUUCCUCAAAAUAAAUAUUGACCAUUCCCACACCUGGUGCAUGUGAAGUGGAAUAUUCAUCUUUAAACAAAUAUAGAAAUUACAUACAGCCUAAAUAAAGAAUUGAGUUAGAGAGAAUGGAUGAAGCAAUUAAAUAAUCAGGUUAUCAAAUGUCACCUUGGUUAUAGGGACCAGUUAACUAAGUACCAACUUAUUAGAUCUUUGGAAAAUGAACUUUUGUAUAAUGAUAGAAAAUGUUCUACAAUUUAUAUUGUAUGUAACAAUUAGAAUUGGGUUAAUCUUUAUAGAGGAUUACAAAACAACCAUCAACCCAUUUCUUGUAUGUAUUUCUCAAUAGUACAGAGCUAUUUGAUAACCUUAUUAACAAAGCAAAGUCUUCAGUAUUGUUGUAACAGUACAUAGCCAGGUUUGGAAGAAGACCAACAAAUUUUA